AUGACCCCCCCGGCCCGAGGACGGGGGACUAGCCAGCGCAGCCCAACCGUUUUGGUCACAGAUUCCCGAGACCAGCAACAGCCUCAAGCACCCCGUCGGCGCCGCUCGCCCGCAACCCGAUUCAUCACCGUCGACAACGUUCUCCAAUACGCCUCCGACGUCCCUUCAAUGCAGCAGCGCGGCCCACCACCCAUAUCACGGUCACGCCGCCUUGCCUCCGCAGCUGGAGGCUUAAUAACUAGCGCCGGCAGUAGCAGUUCAAGCGCAGUGGCAGCAUCCGGUGGCACGAUGGGCCGACUUGCCGCGCAACCGCGACUCCCGCCUCGAACGACAAAAGUCAGCGAGAAGCUGGUUCUUCUGCCUGACACCGGCGAGAUAGAGGAGGGCGAAACUGAAGAAGACGACGAUGACUCCGAUGGUGCGGACCUCGUGGACGAGGAGCUUGUCGCGCGACUGGCUGAGGAGAAAAAUGUCGACCCCGAAAGGAUUAGACACCAAUUGCUUAUGUCAAAGCGACAUGGUGGUGAUUUCGACGUCGAUAAUGAUCUUGCACCCCUUUUGGCCCAGGAAGAAGUCUUGAAAAAACGACGCGUUGCGCCUGAGCGCGCGAAGAGUUAUGCCGAGCGGUUGCCGAAGGCGCGACGGACGGAGAAGCUUGCGCGUGUUACGGCGUACUGUACGGCCCAGGCUUAUAAGAUGGGAUCGCUUGCUGCUUUUGUUAAAGAGCAGCAUGGUGGGCGAACAAAGCUUUAUGAUGAUUGUCUGUACACCGCGUAUCAUCUCCCUCUUUUGCCGGGCCAUGAGGGGUAUCGUCUGCGGAGUAGCCCUGUGUUGAAAUACCCUGGUGGCAAGUCGCUUUUGGACGAGGAGAUUGAACGAAAUGAACUUCGUGAUUAUCAUGAUGAGUACAUGCUUGAGACGGAGGAGCAUUCGGUUGGUGGACACAAUCGUCCAGAGGAUGAGCACCAUUAUGAAGCGUCACCGCGACAGUCUGAGAGCCAUGAUCUUGAUUCUCGGGAGGAAAACCGUGAGGAAUUCUUGAAUCGCAUCGCUGAAGAAGUUCUUGGCCACACCAAUGGCCAUGAGCAUGCUGCCAGCUCCGGUGAAAGUGUCGAUGGGUUGCAGCAUAUCCCGCAACAAGAUAGCAAUGAAGAAGCUCGGCAAUCUUCGCCUGAACCUGCAGUCCGUCGCCGAAGGCACAGCACGGACGACAGCCACACUUUGAUUCGAGAUCGUCCUUCCCUGCCAGCCACUACACCCUCGUCCUCAACACCGCCGGCUUCGAUACCGCAAGCCCCAGCUCGGACGUUAUACAAUGUUGCUGAGAUGUUCGUCUUCAGCUAUGGCGUCGUCGUCUUCUGGAACUUUACCGAGCGACAGGAGAAAGACCUGCUGGCAGAUUUGGCCUUUGCGACAUCAUCCGCAACCGGCAUCCCCACUCCUCUGGCCACGAUGCCUCUUGACGAGGAAGACUUUGAGACUGAAGAAUUCCAUUUCGAGUAUUCAACCGAGAUCUCGCGCCCACGUGUUUAUAACGACAUGAUCACUCUUCGCAGUGGCGACCAUAUGAUCAAACUCGCUAUUAGCCAUGGUAUUGCACAGAGCACCAAACUGUGCUUCUUCGAGGAAGUCAUGGCCCGACAGAUGGCGGACGCUAAAGAUGUUCCCAGACGUCUUGCUGUUUCAGGGCAACUGGGCAUGAAGCGUGAAGAAGUUUUCCGGAUCUUAGGUCGAUUGUUUAAGAGUCGUGUUGAGGUCAACCUUUCGUCUAAUAUGCUCGAUGUCCCCAACUUCUUCUGGGAGAGCGAGCCAACCCUUUACCCGCUCUACAUCGCCGUGCGCGAGUAUCUGGAGAUCAAACCACGUAUUCAGGUCCUCAACGAGAGAUGCCGAGUAUUCCUUGAUCUUGCGGAGAUCUUGUCCGACUCGAUUGCCGACAGCCGCACUUCCCACCAAACCUGGAUCAUUAUUGUCCUGAUCAUCAUUUCAAUCAUCGUUACACUCUCCGAAGCCUUUCUCCGCUUCGGCCUUCUGAGUGCAAGCCAGGGUCCCGCUGGUACACCUACCGGUAUCUUAGCCCGUGUCAUGGGCCGAUCUGUUACUCCCUCUCCGUCCCCGGAGUGGUACCCAUACUCUGCCCCAAACGCGCCACCAGGCUGUAUCUGCCCCUCUGUUGGCCCCACAGGUGGCGGCGCAGAUAUGGGCGUCAGUGGAAUGCUGGGAUACUAA